AAUAAAAAAAAAAAAAUCCCUAAACCUUCAAAGCUUUGAUCUCCAUCUAUAAAUACAUGCAUUUGCAGUUCAAUAGAGAUUUAGCGUGACAACCCUAGAAGAGACCCCUCAAUCUCAGAUAUCUCUUCUCCCUCAUUUCAGUAAAAACCGAUGUCGGCUUCAGAGCUUGCUUGCAGUUACGCCAUUCUAAUCCUCCAUGACGAAGGCAUCCCAAUCACUGCUGAGAAGAUUACAACAUUAGCAAAAGCUGCCAAUGUCUCUGUUGAGUCUUACUGGCCUGGCUUGUUCGCCAAGCUUGCUGAGAAGAGAGACAUUGACGAUCUUAUCCUGAAUGUUGGCGUUGGUGGCGGCGCUAGUGCAGUAGCCGCUGCUGCCCCAGGUGUCGGCACGGCUGCCGCCCCAGCUGCUGCUGCUGCUCCUCCACCAGAGGAGAAGAAGGAAGAACCCAAGGAAGAAAGUGAUGACGAGGGACUUUUCAAUUUGUUCGAUUAGGAGCUCCAUU